AUGGUUUACUCGUACUGGUCCCUUUUUUGCGCUUUGGCAUUUGCCAGCUACUCAUCGGCAUCAGCGACCACUUCAACAAGAAAUAUAAUUUGGGUUGACGGCCCAGACCAAGGCACGAAUCAGACCGACUCUGGCACUCCAGACAAUAUCACUCAACUCGUCACUGAGAACACACGAGUAACACAUGUUAUUCUCUCUUCUGCUCAUCUCAACAACCCAACCGAUGCCCCACCAUACGUUAAUUUUUGGAGCGACCUCCCAAUCAACUCGAGUAAAACGGCUUUCAUCUGGCCACAAGUCAAGCAGCUACAGCAGAACGGCGUCAAAGUCCUGUUGAGCUUUGGAGGAGCAGACGAUGGUUCAUGGGGACAUUUACUGGACAACUUCGCGAAGUUCUACGCCCCUCUGCUACAAGCCUUGAAAGAUUACGAAUUUGACGGUAUCGACCUGGACAUUGAGACUGAUUACACAACAGCUGGUGCUCUGCAGCUUCUUGAGAAGCUCAACGACGAUAUGGGAUCCGACUUCAUUCUCACUAUGUCACCAGUACAAGAUUGUCUUUCCGAGUCCGGAGAUUGUUCCUUUGGAAGUAUCAAUUAUCAAUACCUCGAUAACAACGGCUCAUACCCCGAUCGGGCGAACAGUAAGCUAGUGAGCUGGUACAAUGGACAGUUUUAUGCCGGUGGUGGAGAUGGUGCAAAUUCGCCGAGCGAGUACGAAACAGUUGUCGAUGCUGGCUUUGAUGCAUCAAGAGUCGUUUUCGGGGUUGCAGAUUGCAGCGUCGAUGGAUCAGGGUGGUACCCUUUGUCGACCUACAACUCCACUGUCACUCAGCUUCGAGAGAAAUAUGGAUCGGAUUUCGGAGGUGCAUUCGGUUGGGACUGGAACAAUGCGGGAUCUUGUGAUGGUUUAGCCCAUCCGUGGCAAUGGCGCGUGCUAUUCUGCAACUUGUAA